AUGUCGGAGCUCCCGGAUGCUCCUGUGCUUCCCAUCAACCCAACCCUUCCUAGGGAAGGGCAGUCGGUCGUCUUAGAGGAGAGGAUGGGGAUGAAUUUUAACACUUUUCAGAAAAUCGACUAUUCCCCUCAAGGAAAUUCCAAGUUGGGUUACUUCUUUUCUUCAAAACUAUUGGGAGGUUCAGCAAAUUCAGAAUGUAAACAUGGUGGAAAAAAAUUCAAGAACAAAUAUUCAGUGGAUUCUACACCUACAGGUCAUUUGAAAGCAAAUAUUGAUGCAGCUACAUGCGCUAAAGUUGUAGUCAGAGACGACAAUGGAAGGAUUGUAGCUGGAUUUGCUAUUCCUAUGCGAGGGAGUUAUUCAUCUUUGAUCAUAGAAGCUCAAGCUCUUGUGUACCCUUCUCUGCCUUUGCGAAGCAUCCCAAUCUCCGAUGUUCUUCAUAUCUGCCCAGCCGAUCUGCAAACCCUCCCGUCCCUCUCUCAAUGGAAAAUCAAUACAUAAGUUUCUCUCUUGCAAGUUGCAAAAAGUUGAAAUACUAGAAGGCUUAUUUAGACGAAAGUCACUUGAAAAGAGAUGAUGAUUAUGUGUAGAAGUCAUUUGAUGUAUUGUUGUAGUUCCAUUUAUUGGAAUUAUUGUUUUUUUUAAAUAUAUUCAUGUACUUUUUUAUGUAUUUAAAAUUUCCUACUAAUAAAAUAAAA